CCUAACUCCAUGUAGCCCCGCCCCCGGCCCCGCCCCGCCCUCCCUGCCGCCUGCGCUCUUCUUGCUGCCGCGGCUCCUUCCAGGGGUCGGCGGGGCUGCAGCGGGUGCAGGUGAGGUGCGGCUCGGAGCGGAGGCGCAGUAGACGUGCCAGGCGCAGGCCAAGAAGGGCUGGGCCGUUCACUCGGGAUGCGGUGCUGAGGCCCAGCAUGGCCGGCCUGGGCCCCACCUUCCCGCUGCACCGGCUAGUCUGGGCAAAUCGGCACCGCGAACUGGAGGCCGCACUGCACAGCCGCAAGCAUGACAUUGAACAGGAGGACCCCCGAGGGCGAACCCCCCUGGAGCUGGCUGUGACCUUGGGGAACUUGGAGUCUGUGAGAGUCCUCCUUCGACAUAAUGCCAACGUGGGCAAAGAGAGCCACCAGGGCUGGGCAGGAGGCAGUCAGCACUGGAGACCCUGAGAUGGUACAGUUGGUACUCCAGUAUCGGGACUUCCAGAGGGCCACACAGAGGUUGGCUGGCAUUCCAGAACUGCUCAACAAACUCCGUCAGGCCCCUGACUUCUACGUGGAAAUGAAGUGGGAGUUCACUAGCUGGGUGCCUCUUGUGUCCAAGAUGUGCCCGAGCGACGUAUACCGUGUGUGGAAGCGGGGCGAGAGUCUGCGAGUAGACACUAGUCUCUUGGGCUUUGAGCACAUGGCCUGGCAGCGUGGCCGGAGGAGCUUCAUCUUCAGGGGUCAAGAGGCGGGAGCCUUGGUAAUGGAAGUGGAUCAUGACCGGCAGGUGGUACACACAGAGACACUAGGUCCAGCUCUGCAUGAACCGGAAGUGCUGCUGGCUGCCAUGCGGCCCAGUGAGGAGCAUGUGGCCAGUCGACUCACUUCUCCUAUUGUCUCCACCCACCUGGACACUCGCAAUGUAGCCUUUGAGAGGAACAAAUGUGGUAUCUGGGGAUGGCGGUCUGAGAAGAUGGAGACCGUUAGUGGCUACGAAGCGAAGGUGUACAGUGCCACCAAUGUGGAGCUGGUGACACGCACAAGAACAGAACACCUCUCUGAUCAGGACAAGUUAAGGAACAAAGGGGGUAAGACUCCAUUCCAGUCCUUCCUGGGAAUGGCCCAGCAGCACUCCUCCCAUACUGCGGCUCCAGUGCAGCAGGCAGCAAGCCCUACCAACCCUACAGCCAUUUCUGCUGAGGAGUACUUUGACCCCAGCUUCAGCCUGGAAUCAAGAAACAUUGGCCGCCCCAUUGAGAUGUCUAGCAAAGUACAGAGGUUCAAGGCAACACUGUGGCUAAGUGAGGAGCACCCACUGUCCUUGGGUGACCAGGUGACACCCAUCAUCGACCUCAUGGCCAUCAGCAACGCUCAUUUUGCCAAGCUUCGGGAUUUCAUCACUCUGCGCCUCCCACCAGGCUUCCCCGUCAAGAUUGAGAUUCCCCUCUUCCAUGUGCUAAAUGCCCGCAUCACCUUCAGUAACCUGUGCGGCUGCGACGAGCCUGUGAGUUCCGUGUGCGUCCCCAAACCCAGUUCUGCCAUUUCUGCUUCAGGAAGCCCUUUUCCAUGUGAGGUGGACCCCACUGUGUUCGAGGUGCCCGAGGGGUACAGUGUGCUGGGUGCUGAACGCAGUGAGCCCCUUCGAGAUGAGGACGAUGACCUGCUGCAGUUUGCCAUCCAGCAGAGCCUGCUUGAGGCUGGCACAGAGGCAGAGCAGGUGACUGUGUGGGAAGCCCUGACCAACACAAGACCUGGCAUUCACCCUCCUCCCCGGGUCACAGUGUUUGAAGAGCAGCUUCAGCUGGAGCAGGCCCUCCAGGAAAGCCUACAGCUGUCCACAGAAUCCAGGGGUCCAGAGUCUCCUCAGAAGACACCUCCACCCCCUGCUCCCCCAAGCUUUGAGGAGCAGCUUCGCCUGGCCCUGGAGUUGUCUUCAAGGGAGCAGGAGGAGUUGGAGCGACGGGGUCAGCAGGAGGAAGAAGACUUACAGCGGAUUCUGCAGCUGUCACUCACAGAGCACUGAGAUGCCUGGCCACUGGGGAUGGCUCCCCAGGGCCACUCCUUCUGCCUGUUUUUGUAAUUUAUUUAUUUAUAAACUGUCUGCUGCUGAGCUUUGGGCCUGGGGCACUGGAGGUAGGCUAGCAGUGAGACUAAGGUAGAAAUAAAAAGACCGUCAGCAGUAGGCUUGCUGUCCUCCGUGGACUGGAACCAAGGGACACUGGAUGGGGGAUUAUUGAUGGAUAGUCCUCACUAGCGCUGUCACCGAGUGGCUUUGGGUCCUCCAUUUCUACAGCAAUAAAAUAAGACCACUUCGUCAUA